GGAAAAGCUACGGACCGAGCCUUGGCUCAUAUCCCGAACGAAGCACGUCAGACGGCCAAUGCGAUCUCGGCGACAGCUCCAAAGCUGUUGGAAAGAUGACUCUCGUUGCUGUUGUUGACAAUGCAGCAGGCACUUUCGAAAUUCUCGCGCUCUACUCCUGCUCGCCGCCUGACUGAGAGUCUCACCAGAUCGCAAUCCCGACCCCAACUCCUACCCCACUCUCGCACAUUCGCAGCAACAGCCAUGGUCAAAGGCGAUCCAUUCAAGCCCGCGAGUCGGGUUGCGGGCACGAGGCAGGAUGUCUGGAGUAUCGUCAACGAAGCGGCAGGGCAAUCAGAAAAGCCAGUAGUCAACAUGGGACAAGGCUUCUUCGGGUACAAUCCUCCCAAGUUCUGUCUCGAUGCCGCGAAGGAAGCAUUGGACAAGGUCGAAUGCAAUCAAUACUCUCCCACCGCAGGGCGACCACGUCUACGAAAAGCAAUCGCUGACGCCUACUCGCCCUACUUUGGACGUCAACUGGAUCCAAUGAAAGAGGUCACAAUCACGACUGGAGCGAACGAGGGCAUGCUGUCGGCUUUCAUGGGUUUCCUCGAGCCAGGGGAUGAAGCGAUUGUUUUCGAGCCUUACUUCGAUCAAUACAUUUCCAACAUUGAGAUGCCGGGUGGCAAGGUCGUCUAUGUGCCCUUACAUCCACCAAAGGACGGCGCUACAAAGAGCACGAGUGCGGGCGAGUGGACGUUGGACGUCAAGGAAUUCGAAGCAGCGAUCACAGAUCGAACAAGAAUGGUGGUUAUCAACACUCCACACAAUCCAAUCGGCAAGGUCUUCAGUAAGGAAGAGUUGCAGGCUAUUGGGGAUAUCUGCGUAAAGCACAACAUCAUCAUUUUGUCUGAUGAAGUGUAUGAUGCGCUGUACUACGUACCCUUCACUCGGAUGGCCACACUUUCGCCAGAAAUUGCAAAGUUGACUUUGACUGUCGGCUCAGCGGGCAAGCUCUUCUACGCGACAGGGUGGCGAGUAGGCUACCUCAUUGGACCAGAGCAUUUGAUUAAAUACGUCUCGGCAGCACACACCAGAAUCUGUUACAGCAGCGUCAGUCCGCUCCAAGAAGCCACAGCUGCCGCAUUCGAGCAAGCAAACGAGCACAACUUCUGGGAGGAGAGUAAGAAGGAAAUGAAGAGCAAAGUGGAUCGCUUGACGGAAGUCUUCAAAGAGCUUGAUUUGCCAUAUUCUGAUCCAGAAGGAGGAUACUUUGUGCUGGUCAACCUUAGCAAGGUUAAGCUGCCCGAAGACUACGGCUUCCCGCCGCAUGUUGCAAACCGCCCUCGAGAUUUCAAGCUCUGCUGGUUCCUCAUCAAAGAGCUGGGAGUAGCGGCUAUUCCGCCGACUGAGUUCUUCACCGAUGCGAACGCUCAUAUUGUGGAGGACUGGUUACGGUUCGCGGUCUGCAAGAACGAUGAUGUCCUCGAGCAGGCGAAGGAGCGUCUUCGAGGCUUGAAGAAGUACAUCCAAUAGAGACACAGUCGCUCGUCCUCGCGGAUAAUCUGUGCAGCGUUCGGUCGGCGGAAGCGCCAU